UUGAAAUCUUGUGAUUGAUUAAGGUUGAUUCUAUAGCUUUUUUUUUGGAAAUUAAUUAAGGUUUUUAAAAGUAACGUAAUAUUUUUUUUUAUAAAUGCUGUCCAUAUCUGAAUCAUAACCUAAACCCAAAAAAAAAAAGUAACGUAAUUACGUAAUAAAUAUUUAUAAAGUCCGCUUGGAUUCAUAAUGCAAAGACCGAACCUUUUCAGACUCUCCUGACGAAACAAUGUCCCAUCCUCCUCCUCUUUCUUCCCUGCCUGACGAUAUCGUUUUGAGAUGCUUGGCCCUUGUCCCAAGGAUGUAUCACCUAAACAUCUCAUGGGUCUCAAAAGACCUAAGGUCCCUUGUUCGCUCUCCUGAGCUCAACCUCUUGCGAUCCACCCUCCGCUCCCUCCAUCUAUGUUUCCAAGAAGACCACAGCGACAACAACUCAUCCUUCCACUGGUUUACUCUCAACGAGGCGGAGCAUGGGUUAGUUCUGAACCCAACUCCCUUCCCUUCUCAUCCUAGUUACGGUUCUUCUUCAACCGUCGCAGUGGGGUCAAACAUCUUCUUCAUGGGCGGCUCUAGAGAACCUUCCACGGAUCUAUGGAUCCUUGAUACACGCUCUGGAAACGUUACUAAGGGACCAAGCAUGAGCGUGGCUCGAGUAGGUCGCACAACAGCCGUUGGCGUAAUCGAUGGGAAGAUAUACGUGAUGGGAGGCGGAGAGUUUAACGAAGAGAUGCAAGUUGAAGUUUUCGAUCCCGAGACCGAGACGGAGACCACUUGGGAGCUUGCGGGGGUGGAGAAGGUGCGUAAGAUUUCACGGUGCAGUGCCACGGUGGAGGGGAAGGUUUAUAUGGUGGAGUACUUGGAGACUAAUGUGUACAAUCCGAGAGGAGGCGAAGGAGAACGGAUGGUUCGUACGGAGAGGUUCACUGAUAUGGCGCAUAGCGUGUGUGUGGUGGAGGAUGUUCUCUUUGCUUUCUUUACCCGGGCUGGGUUGAUGUGGUUUGAUACCAAGAUUAAUGUGUGGAGAAGAUUGGUCGGUCCUGAUGGGACGGACCUGGUUCUCUCACGUGUGAAGGGGAUGUCGGAAUAUCACGACGGAAGGCUUGUGGUUUUUAACUACAUUUUCGCAACUGACGACAACGGCUUGUGGGAUGUAAAUGAAGUUAACAAGAAUGUUCAGUGUAUGUUGGUUUCACUGGAUAGAGCUGGAGACAAGAUUUGUGGGAGAAUCGAUUGGUCUGGUAUUGUGGCUACAGUCCCAGUUUGGUUUAAUUUUCUGCAUUGUUUACCUGUUUCCCAGUGAUUGAUUAGUAUGUGUUAUCUUGAGAGCAAACUAGAAAGAGAUUUAUCAUGAAACCAAAUAAAGAAAUGAACAUGUUUUGGUGUUUGUGGAAUGAAGGCAUUAUGUUUGUAAUAACUGUUGCUUGCCUGUGAGAACCAUAUCACUGGACGGGAUCUUCUCUCAGAUUUAAGCUGAUUCGUUUUGCGUUUUUGCCAAAACUGGGUGAAUAAACCAACUCCAUCACGGCCUUUUCUCUACUGCCUCUUAGUAAACUCUUCCUUCAGUUUCUUUCUUCUCCCUUUAGAUGUUUUGUGGAAUGAAGAAAGGGAAUUCAUCAGAAUCAGAUAGUGGUACUGUCUUUGACAGCUUCUUGUUGAUUCCUCUCUUGAGAACUUUACAAAAUACGUAUGUGGCUCUUAUUAGUAUCGAUGAGAUUAGUCCCUUGCAGUUUUAAAAGGCGAUUAAAAAACCAAAAAAACUUGAAGAGAAGGAGCGGUCCUAGUAGUAGCAUGGAUUAAUUUAAGCCGAGAUACAAUUAUCAUUUUCAUCAGCUUUUAACAUCCAUAACUUAAUAAAUGAGUCCAUUUCCCUACCAACAGACUUCUAUAGCUAGAUCCCUUGCGUCCACCACCAUAACAACGUCGAGGAGGGCUUCUGCCUCGACCACCAUAUCCUCUCCUCGGAGGAAUAAGGCGGACUGUAUCUCCUCAUCACUACUACAACCUAUGUUACAAGAAACGGUUUCAACGCGAGAUCAAAGAGAAAGCAUGAUUCUUGGAAGAAAAGUAAUAAAUUUAGCAGAGAAAGAUAGUCAAAAAGAAAAGACAGAUCCUAAGUGUAAGCUCUUGCUUGAGAAAGAGAGACAACGUUGGUCCAUCUUUAAAAUGGGCUUCGCCUUCGACAGUUUUGGUUAUUUUUCUUUUUAGCAAUUUUUAGUUUUAAGAUAAAUUUUAAUUUGACAUUAAAAAUUGCAUAAUUUCUUUUAACGUUGCAUAACUAUAAUAUUACAAACUAUAAGAAAUUCUACCGAUGAUUUUACAUCUGGCAAUUUUACAUUUUGAAGAUUCAUGUUUUACUACAUCACCAUAAACCUUGUUAUCCAAUGCAUGACGUUCAUGCUAAAAAAAAAUUUGUAAACUUUUUCUUUAUCAAUGUAUAUAAUUUUCUUUUUAUUUGAGAUUUGAGAUUCAGAUAUUUAGUAUAAACACAUUAAUAAACUUUAUUAAACUACUAAAAUAAAGGGGUGUUCCACAAACUCCAUAGUUCUUGUCAAGGUUCUAUGGUGUUAGGUAUGUAAAUUUUUCUAUUCGUUACAUUUUAUAUAACUAAAUAAAAAACAUGAAAAAUAUGUUAGUCGACUAAUCUAUAUAACAGUA